ACCCGAGUUCCAGUUCGUCGUCGUCUUCCCUCUCCUCUUGUCGUAAGUCGUUCCUCUCGAUCGUCGAGUACGGUUGAUUUGAGCUGGUUCGUGACCGACAUCGUCGUCCUCUUCCCUCUUGUCUUGAGCCUCCCUGUCAGGCCGGCCUUUUCUGGCGUGGGCUUGAAGGCCGGGCGGGUAAACGCGAGACGGAAUACUUUUCCUGUCGGCGUCUCACGCACAAGGCGACAGUCAAGCCUUUGAUUUCAUGGGCAGGAGGAGGGUAAAUUCCAUCACCCAAACUUUCCAGCAUCCUGGCCUUGCGCACUCGCUUUCUCGUGGUUUGGCCUGGCCUUAGUCAGGCUUCUCGGGUGAAGAGGGUGCAGGCAGACAGGCAUGGAAGGCGGGAGGUGGGAGGCUGGAGGCGUGCGCUGACUCAUUGGGUCUGGUUGUCCUCUUGGAGGAUCAGUGUGUGUAGGUAGUCAUUGCGAGAGCUGGCAGCUUGCUAGUGGUCUCACUGAAGGCUCUUUGAUCGGUUGUCUGGAAGCACACCUCUCCCUCUCUCGUUCUCAAUUGCUGGCCCGCCCGCUGGACUAGCGGACUGCUCACUCGUCGUGUGUUGGGCGUGCUCUUGUCGCUCUCGGUUCGUUUUCCGAGUGAGUCGUUGUUGCGGUUGUGGCCGUUCGUUCCUUCGUUGGUUCGUUCGUUGGUUCGUUGGUUGGGUAUUGUGAAUGGAAUAAGCUGUUCAAAGAGGCUGAACACGUACCACCAGUAUAGAGCAUUUCCAGAGCCUCACUUCGAUCUCGGAACCAUCGUGUUCAACCAAAUGUGUUGGGUGAAGUGCGAAUCAACAUGGUGAAUUGGCGGGUGUGACCACCAUGACCAGUGUCGUGGGCGGACCCUUUCGACCCCCGGCCGGAUCCACGGGAUCCCAUGCCGGGGGUGCGGUGGGCGGCGGUGGCAGUGGCCCCGCCAGUCUGCAUUUAGGCGUGACCAGUCCGGGUGGGACCCAAUCCGGAUUUUCGGCUUCAUCCUCCCACCAUUUCCUGGGCGGUGCUCAAGGGGCAGCCGGCGUCAAACCCGUGCCCAUGAAACUCUUUGCCACCUGGGAAGUGGAUCGGACCCCCCCGAAUUGCAUCCCCAGACUCUGUACACUCACCUUGACCAGACUCGUGCUCAACAAAUCUCUGGGAGCCGAUCUUAAUUCAGUGAUCAUUGCUGUGAAGAUGCAGAGUUCCAAACGUACCUUGAGAUCCAACGAAAUUGAACUCCCACCAAGUGGACUAUUGGAUACCGAGUUGGAGCUAACGUUUUCACUGCAGUAUCCACACUUUCUGAAGCGGGAAGGCAACCAACUGCACAUCAUGCUGCAACGACGAAAGCGGUACAAAAACAGGACCAUUUUGGGCUUCAAGACUCUGGCCACAGGCAUCAUCAAUAUGUCCCAGGUGUUGCAAAAGCAAAUGGACUUGGAACUCGAGCUCUAUGGCGAUGUGAAAGAGAAGACGGCCGGAUCAGCCAUUGGGAAAGUUUUCAUGCUCUCUUUAUCCAGUCAGCCUGUGGACCACAACGAAGAGGACUCCGCUUCCCAAGCCAAGAAGGAACCGUAGACCCUGCUGAAAUCGAGGAUCUCUUCGAGCAGCUGGAAGAUUUCAGUGACUCGGGACCGGAUGUGGAUACAAUCAGUAUUGGCUCCACUCCCAAGCCAUCGCUCAAGCCGUUCUUCUGCUCCAGCAAGAACUUGUUGAAUGAAGCCAGGGUGGCUGUCAACGAAAUCUCACUCCACAAAGACUCGACAAAUUUAGUGACUUCUGGCCAAAAUGUUGCGGGAUCGGGGGCUGGAAACCCAUUUGGAUCCCUCACUAUGGCUUCUAUCACUCCAACAGAUCAAACCAAUACUGCUUCCAAUAGUGGCGUGGGUGGAUCCCAUGGAGGAGCAGGGGUGGUGUGGGAGGUGCAGGAGGUGGACCAAGCGGGCCAGGAGGCGGUUAGGGCAGUGAUCGGCUCAGCGAUGACAGUUCAAAGGAGGCGGUGUCCGACUCGCAUCCAGAAACGCUCACGGAUCCCGAGUUUUCUGAUCCAAAAGACCUCCAGUAGCGGAGAGAACCGCCGAAGUCGGCUCUUUGCCAAGGAGAAACGAGGCGAGGGAUCGUUUUCGCUGAAACAACAGAAGAUUGUCUCGUCUUCGGCCUCGUCCGCCGCUCAGAUGGCCAAUGAUAUGAACCAUUCUUCGAAUCCCACGGCCAGUUUGAGCUCAACCACGAUGGCCUCGAUCUCGAACGCCAUGCCACCACAUCCCAUUCGCAUUGAACGAAUGAAUUCGCAGCAAGACACCGCCAGUGUAAGUAAUCACGGAUCCGAAGGUGCCAUAACCAUUGAUCGAAUCUUCAGAAGCGGGUUCCAAAUCCUGGCAAGCGGAGACAACUACAGUAUGAAUAGGCUUCCCACAUCCCUGCACAUGCCCAUUCCUCGAAAAGUGCUCUUGGAGCAGUUAAGCCGCGUUCUUCCCAGUGAUGCCAAUGCAUUGCCGGAUCAGAUCUUUCUGGCCAAUACCUGUGAUCGACAAGGCGCCCAUUUGGCGACCAAACUAGCCGAAUGUGGCCGAAGAGUCAUUUGUACAGCUGGACCAGCCGAUGUCAAGGCCACGUUGACUUGUCUUGUGGCCAAGAUCCAGAAGUUUUGCAAUACGAAAACCGAAUCUCCACCCUCGGUGAAGGUCGUCCUGAUUGGCUCAGACACGUUUGUCAAUUCAGUUCUUCGACCCUACGUGGACGUGUUCUCCUCCAAACCCCCGGAUUGGCAAUCCUACAUCAAGUUUUUCAUCAUUCCCCUUGGUGUCAACACCGUAUCAAAAUACAUCGGGAGUCACGACCCGACCUAUUCAUCCCUGUUCCUGCAUGAAUCUUGGCGAGAGCUACUCGAAAAAGCAGAACCCGGUAAAUCUGAUGUCAUCGAAUUGGUUUCGAGGAUCAACCAAUACCUCGAUUGCCCAACGGAGUGCCUCCUUCAUCUCCCUGUGGCAGAAGCCAUGGUCACCUACAAAGAAAAGAGUUCGGAUGAGGAGUCCACCAGCCAGGUAUUCAUUCCAUUUGUCAGUGAUGUUCGAGUCGGAAGCGAUGGCCAUGGGAAUCACUCCAUUGACCUUGACGAAGCAUCAUCCACUAUGAGCAUUGGAGGAGCCGGAGGAAGUGGUUCCAAUUUAGUGGGGAGCAAUUCCGAUCGCUUGAUGAAUGAGGUUGGGUCUCCAAGCGCCUCUGGAUCCAACCUCACCGGGAGUGGAAAUGCAAGAGAUAAACUCUCUCCGCCUUCAUCGCCUCAUGUGGGAAAGGAUGGACGAACCGAGUUCUUUUCUGAGCCAGUGGACCUUCAGCUCGAUUACUGGAUCCAUGAUUGUGCUUCCAAUUCUAAUAGCAUGGGUUCAAAUCUCGGUCCGGGUUCAAGACGUGGCGAAGGAAACGCCAAGAAUGAUGCCAAGAAGAGCUCCAAGGACGAUUUGAAAAGCUCGAUCAAAACGAGUAUUCGGUUCAUGCAGAUCCAGAAAUCCUCGUCGGGGGGGAUCCACUUUGGGCCGGUUUUCGGCAACGAACCCCAAUCUUCAAGUUCGCCAUCUAACAGUGGGAUAGCUUGUACCUUCAGUAUGCAAUAUUGGAUCAAAGAAAAGAAACCAAAAACCGUGAUGCGCCUUGGGAAGAAGAAGGAAAAGGACGGCACCAACGACGUGAAGAGCCAGUCUGUUGAUGGCAUCACAAGGCUUAUUUGUCUUUCGAAGGCCCAAAACCCACUCAAAGUUCACAUUGACGGUCUUGAGUGGCUGGGCGUGAAGUUCUUCCAACUGUCAUCGCAGUGGCAAACCCACAUCAAGUCAUUUCCAAUCGCAACGUUCCACACCGGAUCAAACACUCAGACGGCGCUCUGAAUCCAAACCAAUCCAACAAAAUUGUAGCCAUAUUACUGUGAGGAAAGACUUAUCUUUUGGGUCUCCUCCGCCUCCUCCAUCAAAAUCUUAGCUCGUAGCCUUGAAAAGGACAUCCGAGUUACACCCCCAUCUUCUAUCUCCUAUUUCCUCUGUUUUGCAUCUGAGGGUUGCUUCACUACGUCCCCCACGCCCCAAGUUUCCAAAUGUUCUGGACUUUAGUGUUCUUCAAAAAGAAUAUGUAUUUUUCCCCCUUAUCUUCGCCCCCACCCCACCCCCUCCCCCCUCAUCAUUUCGGCUCUCCAAUGAAAUAUGAAAUGGAAUAUUGUCUCAAUGUAUCACACAUACCCACACUCUGAUUGUCACCACGACUACAUUGGUACAAACUAUUUUUGAUAUUUCCAACCCAAUCUCCAUGGUUCUCUUGCCGAGUACUUCUUGAAGUGGUAAAAUGAUGAAGACCAAGAGCCCUCCCUCAUUCUACUACAAGCUCCAACCCGGCCCAAAUUUGGAAAAUAAUUUGUUGUUGGUUUCAUGGGAACAAAUGAUUUGAGCUUUCAGACUACACCGGACACCUAUUUUUGAGAACCUUCAAGUUUGUCUCUGUGUCUCAAAACCAACCCACCACCAUUAUACAAAACCCAAGCUUGAGUCAAGUACCCAAUCUUCACUCUAUAGUCACCCUGAAACACCUUAUUGACUCGUCUCUUCGAUGAGUCCUCCUGGCACGCCUUAGUUGUUGGCAUUACGGCUGUUGAUUAACACUGUCACUUCAGGAUUAGUUAGCUUUGUUGAAAUAGUUGACUUGUAGCAAGUCUUAAGCGAAAGAAAUAGUCAUUCUGUACAGAUGUUCUUCCCCGCCUCCUCUUCUUCGACAACAACAACAACCCUGCACAACAAAAGCUACGAACAUUGGUUCAAUUCUAAAUGUAUUCAACCAGUUUCAAGACAAGUUCCAGCGUUCCCAAAAUGAAUCUGUUCAAAUUCUUGCUUUCAUCCCUCCGCCCUAAUUCGCUUAAGAGCAAGCUUUGCAAGACCAAACUUUAAAUGACAGAAGCAAUUCCUUACACAUAUCAACCAAUGCUCCAGAGAGCGUUGGGUGAUAGCUCUGGCUCUCAAUGAAGAAAUAUUGCAACUUAAUGCACCCCCACUCUCCUGGGUUUGUGGAUCUGGCAAUAAUUUAUCCUUUGAUACCGAACUGAAAAUGUGCGAUUGGUUCAUUUUAAUUAAUUGGUGAUAUUUGGUUUCGAAAUCAAACAAACGAGCAUACUCACGUUCUACUUAAGACGAGGUUGAAAGCUUUCACCUCCACCGCUUCCGAUAUUCCAACAACUGAAUCUGGUGACCCUGAUCAAAUCCGUAACUCGUACUGGAAAUUUUCAAACAGUAAGCCGCCGUUUUUUAUCACCCCAUAGAGUAAAACGUUGUUCAUUUAUCUUGUACUUCAGUACCCUUUGUUUCAUCGUGAUCAUUUCGUGCACUGUUCAGGUUCAGUAGGCCGCUCUUUGAGAUCUGGCUUACGUGGCUUUGUAAUGCUUGCAUGUUGAUGUGUAAAUUGAGAGUUCAUUGCAAAAAAAAACAACCACACUUGUUUUGUGAACGAAUAAGAUACUUCCAAUAUGAAUUACUAUUAGUACUACAGAAGUGUUACAAUUAUUGCAAUCUUACGGCAACCAUACUCGGCCACUAGCUAUAUCUGAUCUGUGACAAAGAACCACGCCAUGUAUUGUUCCCGGCCCAAAAGCAUAAUUAAAUUUUAUGCCAAACCGA